AUGGGGUAUCGUCCAUUUGCAGUGGGUGCUUCAGCUCUUAUCAUCGGUGUUUCCAGUACUUCCCGGGUAUAUGCUAAUGAAAACGCUCCUGCUAUAUUUGCAGUGAUUUUUUCCAAACCGGCUGAACCGUUGCGAAUUGCCACAAUGCUGAGCGUGCCUAUUAAUCGCACGCAGGUCUUUACAUUUAAAAAACCAGUCUGUCUGUUGGCGUGGAUCACUUUAAUUAGCGGGCGUACGGCGUGGCCUACGCCCGCCCAGCUGGAAGGCACCCGGGAGUCGGGGCAGGGGCGGGAAGCGGCCGGCGGUGCCCUCCGGGGAGGGGGAACGCGGAGGCGGCAGCUCUCGGGCAGGCAGACGGCGGGGACGUCGGGCUGCCCUGCCCUGCCCGUCCCGUCCCGUCCCGCUGGGCAGCGCCUUGUCCCCGCGGCGGGCCGCCUCGCCCCUCUUCGCCCCGCGCAGGUGCCGCUGGCCCGGCCCGGCCCGGCCCGGCCCGGCGGCAGAGGGCUCCCUCGGUCGCGGUGGGCUCCCGGCCCCGCUCCGCCCCGGGGCUGCGGAGGAAGCGUCGGCGGGCGCCUGCCCCCUCGCUCCGCUCGCCGCGGUGGGCCGGCCGCUGCCGGCGGGUCCCGGAGGGACGGGGCGGCCGAGCCCGGGGCGAGGGGCGGCGGCAACCCCGAGCGGGUCCGAGAGAAACGCAGCGGCCCGUCCUGCCGCCUUCGGGCCCGAGGUGCCGAGGGCUCGGGCGGCUGCCGCCACGGAGGCGCCGGACGGGUGAGGGAGCCGAGCCCCCCGGAGCGGCCGGCGGGAGCGGAGAGGAGCGGAGCCCGGAGGUGCGGCGGGGGGCUGGUGGCGGUGGCAGCGGUUUAA